AUGUCUAAUCGACUUCAGACCAGCGAAGGUUCUACUUUGAUAACCGCUGGGAGCGAAGAUUUCGAAGAUGUUUACGCUUUCGAUGAAUGGACGGCCGGCCCGUCGCGAUCUUGUGCAGUAAUGCAACCUGGGGAGCAUCUACAAGCUCACGUCUACAUGCGAGAUCAUUACUGGGAGAUUGUACAACGCUCACAGACUAGAAACGACUGGAUAAUUACGUUUGCAACCUUGCUGAAGGUCGUAGAGAUGUUUCUGCUCUACCACUUCGGCUCUCGACGCGUCUUACUGGUUACUGGAGUCAUCUGGGCGUACACCUUCUUCUCGGCGAUCGCGUUGCAGUUGUUUCACGUCGGAAGAGCUACAACACCUGGCGAGCAGUUAAUACAUUUUGAUGUCGUCUCUGGGUCGCUGCCUACACCGCAAGUGAUCGGGGGAGAGCGCAGGAUUCUCCUCGGGGUACCUGUCAACCUUCGCAGAGGUCGCGCGUGGCAGAUAUUCUGGAUUAUAGGCGCCGCCGUUUGCAUUACUUCUCUUCUCGGCACAUACGCCGUUCUUUCGAAUGAGCCGGCCGUUUGUUUCCGGAUCUGGCUUGGUUUCCAGGUCAUCUGGCUUGCGCUUCGAUCGAUCUUCUGUCACUUCGCACAGCAGGUAGACGACAUGAAACACAUCAUUACACCGAACAUAACAGACGAGAACCGGCCAUCCGAGUUAGGUGUGCGGCUACUCGGACUGGCGGUUGGGGUGUCGAAGCACCAGAUUCUGAACCACCCCCGCGGCGUGCUUAGCUAUGCGAACGACGCACAAGAUCCCGCGAUUAUUGGGAGGCUCUUGAGCGACGCCAAUCUGGAAUACACAGACUACUUCGAGCUUCCAACGCGCGCAGAUUCAGGAUCGGAGCUGGGCGUCACUGUGGUCGGCGUCAUUGGUGACACUUUACUCUCAAGUGUCGCAUGGCUCAUGGGCUCGCUUCUGGCCGGGAUGGAUCUUUACGAUUCAUGUAUUUUGGCUGUCCGUGUCUCUGGCGCGAUACAACUGAUACCGUCGUGUCGCGUGCUCUCCGGUCGUAUCGCCGACGAACAAGUCCCGGACCCCGAGACGACGUUGCCUUCCAACUUCCGGCCCAAAGGCGCAGCGAACGAGGGUUACAACAUUAGCUGGCGGUACUGGAUACCAUGCGGCGGGAAGAAGUGGUUGUGGUACAGCACACCGUGGGCGACUACCACAAAGGUCGACUUGGGUGUCACUGGUACGAAGAAGAUGACAGUCACGACAGGAGAUGACAUCACCAAAGAGCUCUUGUCCGGGACGUUGCAGAUCAGUAUGAGCGACGUACAAGCCGUUGAAGAUGCUAUCGCGCAGGCUGCGAGGCAAUCUGCGCCCUCAUCAUCGGGCUUGAAGCCGUGGACGAAUGAGACCCUGAUACUAUCGCCAGCUAGCCCACUCGUGACGCUCGACUACGGCACUGAAGUAGCCGGCUUCCCGUUCUUCCACGUUUCAGCGAUCUCUGGUACGGUGCAGAUCGAAGUAAAGUACAGCGAAGAAUACCGCGGCGUCGAAGAGCCAUUAUCAGACGGACCUUGGACAUUCUCAAACGGACUGUCCAACUCUUUCCGAGUGGAAACUUUCAACGUCACGGAAACGGGAUACAUCGAGAGCUUCUUCGUUCAAGGAGGCCAGCGAUGGCAGACCGCACGGUUGAUCACAAAUGGUUCCGUCACUAUCGAUCAUCUAGGAUUUCGCGCAACAAGCUCGAACUUGGACGCUGAAAUGCUACCAGGCCGCUUACAGACAUCUGAUAAGAGUUUGAAUCGCGUCCUGGACCUCGGAGGUCGCGUCGCUCAAGUAGCAUGUGUAGAUGCCGGUAAUGCGCCGUCCACGUGGGAAAUCACAGAAGACGGAGCAUAUAUACGGGGCCAAACCAGUGCGCAAUCUUCUCUAGGGGUUGAAGCAGUCAAUUACACGCUAGAAUUUGACGUCAAGAUCGCCCGAGGCGGCGCUGGCUGGAGAGUAGCAAGUGCAAUGCCGCCAAUUGGGCCCUACUUUGUGCUUACGUCCGAAUACCCCGAGAGAAACACGUUCGCAAACACCAACCGAACCCUCUUGCCUCCAAACACGCUGGCAUUCACUAGUGGAUGGAGUCUAGUAAACCAGAGCACACUACCCGUGCCAGAGGCCCAGUAUUUCACUAUCAACACAACCAUCAAGGAUAACAUGUGGUAUCGCGUCCGCACAUCAAUUGAGGAGACUGGAUAUCGGGUGAGCGUAAAUGGGACCGAAAUUGCGUUCGUACCUCUACCUCCACCUGCACCCCCCGGGAACUUUGGCACUCCCUCUCGAUACGAAGGUACAUGGGGCUUCGGAGGCAUGCAGGACCAGAUCGCGUAUUACAAAGACGUAACUGUCACUGCUGGAAACGGCACUACCAUGUAUCGCAAUCCCCUGACGAGCGAAGAUACCUUGGCCGAGUAUCAGGUCGCACCCUUAGAACACUCAGUCUGUUUGGAUGGCGCCAAACGGGAUCGGCUAGUCUGGACAGGAGACUUCUACCACACAGUGCGUGUUGUCGCAGCUUCAUCUGCUCGAUUUGACUACCUCUUGGGCACCAUCAUAUACGCGCUAAGCUUUCAGCUUGAUGAUGGCCCGUACGCCGGCUUUACCCAAAUCUCUACGAAUCUUGGAGCCCGCCCCCAGUACAAGGAAGCAAAUAUCGCAAACUACGCUGGGUUGGUGGACUACCAAGACCUAUUCUUGGCGGGAAUCGGCCAAUACUUCCGCUACACCGGAGACCGCGACGGGCUGAAACCUCACUGGGAUCAGAUCAAGAAACUUGCGACCGCGAGAUUGGCUUUUAUUGAUCCCUCAUCUGGUCUCAUUGGAGGUUCUCCGGAGGUGCCAUCGCCAUUCAGCUUCCUGGGGCCAGCCAACGGUAGUGCAACGACCGGUCUCUUCGCUUACAUGCUUGAGGAGAUCGCGCCACUUGCGCUUGCGAUGGGCGACGAAGAGGCUUCGAUAAACUAUUCCCAAACGGCAAGCAAGUUGCGCGAGGCGCUCAAUCGCGAGCUAUGGAAUGAUCAGCUCGGAACAUACUCACUCUCAACCACCGAUCGAGGUAACUUCUCCUUGACCGGGAUCGCCUGGGCAAUCCUAUCUGGUGCGGCCAACGAUACCCAAGCAGCAUCUUCUAUUGCGAAGCUUGAGGAGCUUCGCUUCGCAGUAGGCUACAAGACUAUCUCGAGUGACGUGGAGACAGACGACUACCAACUUGCUCCCAAUCCAUCAGGCUUUCUGUUGGAAGCUCUAUUCAAGUCAAGGCGCGACUUCGGAGUGGACAGCACACCUGCCAUCAAGCAUCUGCUCGACAAUCUGUGGGGUAGCAUGGUCAACAAGAACGAGUAUUACUCUGGCGCGAGCUGGGAAUACGUAAAGCCCGAUGGUUCUCCUGGCAUCGAUCUCUUCACUAGCUUAGCGCAUCCGUGGGGUGCAGCUCCGACGUAUGUACUGCCAGAGUACCUUCUUGGCGUCGCUCCAACCUCUCCCGGGUACCGAACGGUUCUUAUCACUCCCAUGAUAGGGUUGCUGAACCAGUCCGAAGUCAGCGGGACGGUGCCGACGCCCAACGGACCGAUCAAGGUGGCGUGGACGUUGAGCGGCACGAGCGUUGCUUUCAAGGUUGUUAUACCGACUGGUACGGCAGCUACACUACAGUUGCCAGUUGGCGCCACUGUGGUAGGGAGGGGCUUGCGCAUUGGACAAAUUGUGCUUUCAUGUGGAACGACGGAAUUGAGAAUCGAUAUGAAGGGCGACUCAUAA